ACUUUGUUUUCACCAAAGGAGGGUUCGGUGUCUUUCCCCUUAAAAUUUUAAGAGUGAUACUUGGGCACUCCACAUCCAGGUGGCAGGCAACAGGCGUGCAACCGCUAGCCUCCAGUAUUUUAGACAGAGAAGGAUACCCCGGGUUCCCUUCCCGCCAAAACCAGCAUCUCGUCGAACGCCAUAAGUGGCUGUAGCUUUCACCACUUCUUCCUGUACUUCGGAAACAAAACCCUAACUUUCUGAUCUGCUCAAUUGGGGGAACAAUAAAGCAGAGGAUGAGGGGUGGCACAGUUCAGAUCAAUUGGCAUGACACAAAGCCCGUUCUAACCCUUGAUUUCCAUCCUCUUUCCGGAAUCCUUGCCACCGGCGGCGCCGAUUUUGACAUAAAGCUAUGGCUAAUAAAUUCAGGUGAAGCACAAAAGAAAGUCGCGACAGCUUCCUAUCAAAAUAGCCUUUCGUACCAUGGCUCUGCCGUAAAUGUCAUUCGCUUCUCUCCUUCUGGAGAACAACUUGCCUCUGGUGCCGAUGGAGGUGAGCUGAUCAUAUGGAAGUUAAAUUCUAUAGAGGCUGGCCAAACAUGGAAAGUUUUCAAGACAUUACCGUUUCACCGCAAGGAUGUCCUGGACCUGGAGUGGUCUACCGAUGGUUCAUUUCUCAUUUCUGGAUCUGUUGACAAUUCUUGCAUCAUAUGGGAUGUUAACAAAGGUUCUGUCCAUCAGAUUUUGGAUGCUCAUUUUCAUUAUGUUCAAGGAGUAGCCUGGGAUCCAUUGUCCAAGUAUGUAGCUUCACUUAGUUCGGAUAGAACUUUUCGUAUUUAUAUGAAUAAGCCCAAAAACAAAGCAAAAGGCAUAGAGAAGAUGAAUUAUGUAUGUCAACAUGUCAUCACAAAGACUGAACAUCAGAUGACAGAUGAUUCUAAGUCUACUAAAAACCAUCUCUUUCAUGAUGAAACAUUGCCAUCUUUCUUCCGAAGAUUAGCUUGGUCUCCUGAUGGAUCAUUUUUACUCGUGCCAGCUGGUUCUUUCAAAUUCUCUCCUGCCUCUGAACCAGUGAAUACUGCUUAUAUAUUUUCGAGAAAGGAUCUCUCAAGGCCUGCUUUACAGCUCCCCGGUGCUAGCAAGCCUGUUGUGGCUGUACGAUUCUGCCCCAUGGCUUUUAGUCUUUUGGGAGCAAAUUCAGCUGGGUUCUUCAAGCUUCCUCAACGCUUGAUUUUUGCGGUGGCAACUUUGAAUUCUUUGUACAUCUAUGAUACUGAGAGUGUUGCCCCUAUAGCGGUCUUAGCUGGUCUCCAUUAUGCACCCAUAACAGACAUAGCAUGGUCACCAAAUGCUAAAUAUUUAGCUUUAUCAUCACAAGAUGGUUAUUGUACUCUCGUGGAAUUUGAAAAUGGAGAACUGGGGUCACCUGUGUCCAUACCUGAAGAAAAGAAAGUCUUGGGCAAUGAGAAUACAAGCCCAUUUUUUCAGAGAUUGGAAGAGAUGGCGAUGGAAGCAACAGCAGAUGAUGGUUUUGCUGCAGAAGAGAGCCAAAAGCCAGAAGCAGAAAGUAAUGAAGACAAGCAGGCAUCACCAACUCCUGUGAGUACUUCGGGUUCAAAUAAACCAGCCAAGAGGCGCAUUACUCCAGUGGCAGUAAAUCCGUCAUAACAUCAUGCUCAUCUUUUUUUUUUUAUAUUUCCCUUAAUUUAUUUUUAAAGGUGUCUUAGCUGUAAAUUUUUCUUUGAAUUUUCAUGCCCGUUCUAACUCUGAAGAUGGGCAGAGCAGACGGGCCUUUUUAACACAGCAAUUCAAUCUCUCUUAAGAAAUUCUAGCUUUCUGCUUGAUG